AUGAAGCAUCUUCCUGGAACAGACAAGAAGCCAGUAUCACUAGAUCAAAGAAACAUAGAAGGGAGUAUUUGGAAAGGAGCAAAGUGCAAGAAGAUUGGAAAGAGACGUAGAGGCUCGGGUGUUUUCUGUGCCAAUUGCCUGACCACAAAGACCUCUCUCUGGCGAAAGAAUGCCAAUGGCGGCUACGUAUGCAAUGCGUGUGGCCUCUACCAGAAGCUCCACUCGACUCCCAGGCCUUUAAACAUCAUCAAACAGAACAACGGUGAGCAGAUCAUUAGGAGACGGACGAGAAAGCGCCUUAACCCAGAGGCACUUCAGGUUGAGCAGCUAAACAAACAGCAGAGGGGUAGCGGUGAGGAGCAAGUCAAUGGAAGCCCGUUAGAGAGGAGGUCAGAGGAUCAUUUAACUGAAGGUCACCAGAGAGAAAUUCAACUCCCCAGCCUGAGUAAAUAUGAGGCCCAGGGUUCAUUGACUAAAAGCCAUUCUGCUCAGCAGCCAAUAUUGGUCAGCCAAACUCUGGAUAUUCACAAAAGGAUGCAACCUUUGCACAUUCAGAUAAAAAGUCCUCAGGAAAGUACUGGAGACCCAGGAAAUAGUUCAUCAGUAUCAGAAGGGAAAGGAAGUUCUGAGAGAGGCAGUCCAAUAGAAAAAUACAUGAGACCUGCGAAACACCCAAAUUAUUCACCACCAGGAAGCCCUAUUGAAAAGUACCAGUACCCACUUUUUGGACUUCCAUUUGUACACAAUGACUUCCAGAGUGAAGCAGAUUGGCUGCGAUUCUGGAGUAAAUAUAAGCUGUCAGUUCCUGGGAAUCCGCACUACUUGAGUCAUGUGCCUGGCCUACCAAACCCUUGCCAAAACUAUGUGCCUUAUCCCACCUUUAAUCUGCCUCCUCAUUUUUCAGCUGUUGGAUCAGACAAUGACAUUCCUCUAGAUUUGGCGAUCAAGCAUUCCAGACCUGGGCCAACUGCAAAUGGUGCCUCUAAGGAAAAAACUAAGGCUCCAUCAAAUGUUAAAAAUGAAGGUCCCUUGAAUGUAGUAAAAACAGAGAAAGUUGAUAGAAGUACUCAAGAUGAACUUUCAACAAAAUGUGUGCACUGUGGCAUUGUCUUUCUGGAUGAAGUGAUGUAUGCUUUGCAUAUGAGUUGCCAUGGUGACAGUGGACCUUUCCAGUGCAGCAUAUGCCAGCAUCUUUGCACGGACAAGUAUGACUUCACCACUCACAUCCAGAGGGGCCUACAUAGGAACAAUGCACAAGCCGAAAAAAAUGGAAAACCUAAAGAGUAA